UACGUUAUAAGAUUUUACUUAAAGCAAAUAAAAGAAGUAACAACAAUAUUACAAUUACGACAGAAUUGAAAUCUCUGAGAUGUGACGGAAAUUUCGAUAGCCGAAUUACAUUCUCAAAACUAUGGUCUAUGACGAAACACAACGGUUCGUUAGACGUCCGCAACUCGAAAGUCGUGCCAAAACCUUUAUCGGAGGCAUUGCUGUCUUUCAGUCUACUCGUAAAUAUGUCUAAGCUAUGCAGUCUUAAUGUCGGUGAAAAUACGUUAGCACCGAUACACGGGUUACGAUUUUACACAAUACUCUGGAUAAUUCUGGGACACACGUGUUUAUUAGUUAAUUAUAUUUCGGACUACAAACUGUUUCGAACUGUAGCGGAAGAAGACUUCCUCUAUCAGACAAUCAGUAAUGGUACAUAUUCUGUAGACACAUUUUUCUUUAUCAGCGGAUGUUUGGUAGCAUUUCUUUAUUAUCGUACGAUGACAAAUGAAAGGAUACGAGACAAAAAGAUGAUAAAAGGAUGUCACGGUCAAGUCCUGCAAUUUUUGGGAAUGAUUUGGUAUAGAUAUUUUCGCUUGACCCCGGUUUAUCUUUUCAUGAUCGGUUUGGUUCAGGUAUCGAUGAAAUGGUAUCAGGAUCAUUCGAUGAUUGAAGCCUCUGCGUUGGAUUAUAAAACAUGCGAGAAAUUCUGGUGGCGGCACGCCUUAUAUAUAAAUACUUAUUUCGAUUUGGAUGAUCGAUGUAUGACUUGGAGUUGGUAUCUGGCGAAUGAUACACAAUUCUAUAUUGUGGGAAUAAUCAUCUUGAUAAUCGGAGCAAGCUUUCUACCUGUAGCAGCGUUCAUCGUAGCUUUCCUUUUAAUCGCCUCGUGGAUCACAACAGCGUUAAUCACUUUGAACACCAACCACGUGCCAAGUAUCCAGGACCCGUUUGCACACUACGAGAGUCUCUAUGACAAGCCAUGGACACGAAUAGGACCGUAUCUCAUAGGAAUGGUCACUGGUUGGUAUCUCUUCAAGAUCGACUGCAAGGCAAAUAUGAAUAAAGCUGUGGUUGUAAUAGGUUGGUCUAUUUCUCUAAUCACGAUGGCCAGUAUAAUAUAUGGAGUACACGGAACUACAUUUGGACCAAUAUUAUCCGCACUUUACACGACAUUAUCACAUUCUGGAUGGGCAAUAUCCUUGGCAUGGAUUUUGAUCGCCUGUGUCACCGGAUAUGGCGGUGUAGUUACUCAUAUACUAUCAUGGAAAUACCUGUAUCCUAUUUCCAGAUUAACAUACUGCACUUAUUUAGUGCAUUAUGCACUUAUACGCGCUAUAGUUCUAGACGUUGAAAGUUCGUGGCAUCUUACAUAUGGCUUUAUGGCAUUUCUAUUUUUCGGAAUUGUGGUAGUGUCAUACGCAUCAUCGCUAUUCCUCUCCUUGUUUUUCGAAGCACCAGUAGUGUCCUUGUUAAGAAUACUUCAUCCCAUGAGAGAAUGGAAAAUAAACUAAAAGGGAUGGAACCUUGCGUCUGAGAUAAACAACUAUUUAUAUUGUU